AGGCGGAGCCUAAGAAUGAACUACGUGAGACACCCUGUGCACUUAGCUGCUAAAAUGCUUUGAGAUAUUUUGCUUAUUUUGUGUUCCAUACAUACUGUAUCUGUUCCUAUAAUAAACCCCCAGCCGUGGAGAAUGAGUGCUGAGGCAGUAGACCGAGUUGCUGCUGUGUCCAGCAGUCGACCCAGCACGCCACUGCAAACCUCCUGGUUUGAGUUCCUCCUUGAUGCCAGCCUGCUGGAGAAACACCUCCAGAAGUCCAACCCAGACCCAACAGCGGUGCAGCUGAUCAUCCAGUUCUUGGAACAGGCUUCCAAACCUUCAGUUAAUGAGCAGAAUCAAGUCCAGCCACCUGUGGACAACAGGCGGAACCGCACACUGAAGCUGCUGGCCCUAAAAGUCGCAGCUUAUCUGAAGUGGGACCUUGAUGUUCUUGAAAAAGGUUUAACGAUUCCAGUCCUGAAUAUGUUACUGAACGAGCUGCUGUGUGUGAGCAAAGUGCCAGCAGGAGUGAAACAUGUUGACCUGGAUCUGUCCACUCUGCCUCCAACCACUGCCAUGGCUGUGAUCAUCUACAACCGAUGGGCCAUCAGAACUAUUGUGCUGAGCAGCUUCCCGGAGAAGCAGACCAAACCAGGACCUCAUCAGAUGAACAUGUUAAAUGUUGUGCAGCAGGAGAAGGAGAUGACUGAAAAUAUUCUUACUGUGCUCAAGGAGCAGGCAAUGGACUCCAUCAGUGUGCUGGAAGGAGCCCUGAGACUGAAGAAAGACUUCUAUGUUCACACCAUGAGAACUCUGGACCUGUUGGCAGCCGAAGCUGCAGCCAACGGAGAAACAGAGUCGUCCACAGCGGGACUCUGCUUCAGUGCCGAUGAGCUCCACUGUCAGGUUCACUAUGAUCUGGGAGCCAUUUUCUUCCAGCAGGGCUGCACUGACCAGCCAGCGUUCGAAAAGGCUAGAGAUCACUUCAGACACACGAAGGAGCUUCUGAAGAAGCUGGACUCGACGGUCCACGUCCACCUGGAUGAGAAGCGACUGGCUGGCUACUGGAACGCCUGCAAAGCACUGACUGGAGACUGUGACUCCUCCUGUGACUCCCAGUACUCCCACUAUGACCAGAUCAACAGUCUGAUCAGGACUCGCAAAUAUCAGGCUGUUAUUGAUAUCUUUAUCAAAGACAACAUCAGUCACAGUUUGCCGAACCAGUUCAGACGGUCUGUUCUCCGGGAGUUCAUGUACAGCGUCCAGCAGGGGGAGUCGGGUCUGGAUGAAGUCUGUCACAAGUUGUGUGUUUGCAAUGCGAUUCGAGAUGUUCUGGAGGGAGAAGUUGUGAGUGUGAGGUUCCAGCAGCUCAUCACCAAACCAAGCCGACAACUGUUGGACUUCAUUUUAGAGGUUUGCACCAAGUCUCUGGACAAAGAUCGCCAGCUGGAUACGCCCAGGAGGAACAUGGCUCAUUUUAUAAGGUCUCUGUGUGACACCCUGGAAGACCCCUCUCUUGUGUUUGUCAUCACAUCCCAUAAACUCUUCACGGAGCUGCUGAUGGAAGAGGAGAGGAAGGUUCUGCUGGAUCAAGUCAGGAGGAAGUCGGCCACUAUCAACCUCAGCGCCAAACCUCUGCCUUCCUUCUACGACAUUCCAGCUUCAGCCAGUGUGAACAUCGGUCAGCUGGAGCAGCAGCUGAUUCUGUCUCAGGAGCCUCGACGGAUCCGACAGCUGAUGAUUGAGCUGCACGGUUUGGCAGAGCGACCCUACUGGAGGGUCAACAGUAAGUGGGAGGUUCCUUCAGACUACAUCAACCUGACCCUCAGCAUAAAGGACAACUUGACCAAAGACCUGGUCUACAUCCUGAUGGCUAAAGGUCUCCACUGUAUCUCCAUUAAGGACUUUGCACACGCACGGCUGCUCUUCUCCGCCUGCCUGGAGCUAGUGACCGAGUUCUCUCCCAGGCUGCGGCAGGUGAUGCUCAACGAGAUCCUGCUUCUGGAGGUCCGGGCGCACGAGACCGUCGCAGCUGAAGGAGGCAAAGAGCGACCCCCGCCUGACCUGGUCAGCAGGGUCAGAGGCUACCUGGAGAUGAGGAUUCACGACCUUCCUCUUCGCCAGGUGGUGGGAGAAGAAUGUGUUGCCUUUUUGUUGAACUGGAGGGAGAACGAUUACCUAACCUUGCAGGUUCCUUCGUCUCUGGUCAUGAACAACCCGUAUGUCAAGCUCGGGCAGCUGCUCGCUUCAACAUGCAAAGAGCUCCCCGGACCUAAAGAGAGCCGGCGCACUGCUAAAGAACUGUGGGAGGUGGUGGUUCAGAUCUGCAGCGUCUCCGUCCAGCACAAGAGGAACAACGAUGGUCGAGUGGGGCUCAUGAAGCAGAGAGAGUCGUCUUUAGGCAUCAUGCCCAGGAGUAAAUUGGUGUCUUUUAUCAAGAAGCUGAGAGAGCCGCUGGUGAUGACGACGCUCAUCUCCCUGUUUGUGAGGCUGCACAGCAUUGUGCGGGAUGAUAUAGUGAAUGAGGUGACAGCAGAGCACCUCUCCAUCUGGCCGUCGUCGCUCCCAAACAUCCAGGCGGUGGAUGUGGAGGUGGUGGCUGUGACGGUCAAAGAGCUGGUGUCCUACGCUCUGACCCUUAACCCCAAUAACCAGUCGUGGCUCAUCACUCAGGCUGACAUCUACUUUGUGACAAAUCAGUACUCUGUGGCACUGAACUUCUACCUCCAGGCCGGAGCUGUGAGCUCUGACUUCUUCACUAAAGCUGUUCCCCCUGAUGUCUACACUGACCAGGUUCUGAAGAGGAUGAUCAAGUGCUGCUCCAUGAUGAACUGCCACACGCAGGUGGCAGUUCUGUGCCAGUUUCUGAGGGAAGUGGACUACAUGACGGCGUUUAAGGCUCUUCAAGAGCAGAACAGUCAUGAUGCCAUGGACUCCUUCUAUGAUUACAUCUGGGACGUCACCAUCCUGGAGUAUCUCACCCAUAUUCAUCAUAAACGUGGUGAAACAGAGAAGAGACAAAUAGCGAUAAAAGCCAUCGGACAGACGGAGCUCAACACCAGUAAUCCAGAGGAGGUUUUGCAGCUGGCUGCUCAGAAGAGGAAGAAGAGAUUCCUGCAGGCCAUGGCCAAACUCUACUUUUAAAAGAAGACUUUGCUUUUUUUUUUUUAAUCUCUUUUGUACACAAUGUAAAUAAAUACUUGUGGUUUGUAGUGUGCUGCCUAAAUGUUUCAUGUUUAAAUCGGUACUGCAGAUUGUUUCAUUCGAGUUUGGAAAUGUUACCAGAAAUUGACAGUGAUGUGAAACUUGAUAUACUGAAUAUUAUUCAAGAAGACACCAGUGACUUGGGAGUCUCUUUACUAGCUUUAAAUCACACCUAGCUAACCAAACAUCCAGUGACUGCGUAUGUUAGCAUGUUAUGUUCUUCUUAAGCAGGUAGCACAGGGAUUAGCAUUAGCAGUUUAAAUGAAUUUCUGCUGUUAUUAUUCUGGUUAUGACGUUUCUGUUUGGGAGGAAGUGUGAGCAGGUAAGUGUCAGUCAAUAGCUGUUGGUAGUUUUUCGUGAACAACUGUGUGAAAGGAGCUAUCUGUUGCUUUGGUGCUAUGCUAACACGGCUAGCGCUUGAGGUGUGUUCUACAUACUGGUUUUCAUAGGAGUGUUAUCAAUUAAUUUUAAUUUCUUCAAAUAAACCUCUUCCUGACAAAUAGAGGUCAGGAGGGUUUAAAAUUUGACUUUCAGCUCUCAUUUUUCAGGUUAGGUGACCAAAGAUUGUGGGAAUAUUUUGACAUUGACAGCAAACAGGGGCAAUAAAUAGAACUGUUUUUCACCAUUUUCCAGGCACCUGGUCCUGAUCGUCAUCCAGGCAUCAGCGAGUGGUGAGUGAAUUAAUGUAACAUAUACACACCGUUAAACUAAACCCUAGCGUUUGCUUUAGCAUUAGGGGACAUUA